UAUCUUAUCUUUAUCCUUAGUUAUAAAGAGCCUUUUAGUUUAGGUGCUUUAUGUACAACAAUUUUCUAAAUUAAAUGAAAACUCUGAUUCUCUUCUCUCUCCCUAAGAUUUUUGUAUUAAUAAAGAUUAAAGAUACGAGCGUUUGUUUUCGGUCCACUUCCUCCUGAUCAAAUUAAAAAAACCGUUUUCUGAUAAUUGGAACCCUAACCCGAACCAAUUCACCGAAAACUCCAAGAGGAGGUUCUGCUACUACGUUGCAAUUUGCAAGUUUAAGAAAAGGGAAAUCAGAUGGAUUUGGAUGAUUGUAUCGUGCAAUUGGAGAACGAGAAACAAGAGACUCUGGAGCAGCACGCCAAACGGCCUUGUAUCAGAGGCAAUACCUCCUCCGAAGAAGAAGAAGAAGAAGGGAAAGUUGUUGAGGAUACGGCUGCCUCUGACGAAGAAGAAGAGGAGGAAGAGACAGAAGUUGAUACUGAUUCCGAUUCUGAUUCCGAAUAUGUGCAGUUUACGCCUAGACGUUUAAUGACUGAUGAAGAAAUUCGUGAACAUCGGAGGCAGGUUGCUGAAAGCAAGGGAUUCGAUGUUGACUGGUUUGAAGGCAUUCUACCUGGUUCAAUUAAGCCCUAUACGUUGACCGAAGCAAACCGCCCUCCAUUGAUAGAAUUUUCCAAGCAAGCUUUGAAAGUCUACAAUGAGAGCAAUAAUACAACUUUUAUAUUUGAGAAGCUUAUCAAAUCAAAUGCUCAAUGUGUUGCUGGCACAAUGUUCUACAUUACUUUUGGGGCGCAAUCUGGCAAUAUACAUGGAAUCUUUCGUGCUAGGGUAUGGAAAAAGAUAAUGGACGAAGGUUCGCAGGUUAUGUCUUGUGAGAAGUAUAUUGAGGAGCAUGUGUGAGUUUGUCAGGUAUAAAUGUUACAUGAGCUUUUUUAUUAUGGUUUUGUUUGUUUAAACUAGUUAGAUAUAUAGCACAUAACCCCAAUCGCCUUUGGAUCUUAAUUUAUGCCUAAUGGUUUUUCCUUUUAAAUAUUCUGCCCAAAGUAGACAUUGACUAAUUCUCUAUCUAUCAUCCAUAUAUUGGUGAAUGUUCACAUCUAUUGACAGAAUGUGUUUAGUUUGUAUGCCAUUAAGACUUAUAAAUCAAUUUUUAGUUGAUGUUCCUGGAUAAUGUAUAUGAUUGUUGACAAAUGACAAAUUAGAGAUGUAAUGAAUUCAAAUAUUUCAUAUUCU